UUUCUUAAACUUGAACCAUGAAAAGCAUGUUGCCUACCAACCAAAGUCCAUCCUCAAUAAAUACUUAGGCAUUUGGUUUAUUACAGUUAAUUCAUUUAAAUUGCAGGUUUUCUUGAUUCAUCACCCACAAAUAUAAACUCUCCAUUUUCAUCAAGUUUUGGGUAGUUUAUGUCUUGGAAUAUGGAAAACAGACAAGAAGAUGAAAUUGAAGACAUGUCACUGUCUCCUCCAACAAUGGGGUCUAUGCAUAUUGCAGGGAGCACUGGCUUUGGUCACAACAUAGAGUUUAUGUCUCAAGCAUACCUUAGAAAUAGGUAUUCAGAGAUUGAUAUAGGAGAUGACAGCUUGAAUAUGGUUAUAGAUGCCCCUCUUCCCAUAUUUCUCAAGUUUGAAGAUGUGGUAUAUAAAGCGAGGAACAGCCAAGCUUUCUCUGCAAAUCCUGUGAAGGCAGUAGUGUCGAAGGUAUCUUCACAGCUGAGCUUGGAGCAAGAUAACUACAAGAAAAUUUUGAAAGGUAUAACAGGAAGCAUUGGUCCUGGUGAAAUCCUUGCUCUAAUGGGUCCUUCUGGUAGUGGUAAAACAACCCUGCUGAAAAUAAUUGGAGGACGAUUGACAGAUAAUGUUGAAGGAAGGAUAACUUACAAUGAAAUUCCUUAUAAUGCAUCUGUUAAGAGAAGGAUUGGAUUUGUGACACAAGAUGAUGUGCUAUUCCCACAACUUACAGUGGAAGAAACUUUAGUCUAUUCUGCAUUUUUAAGACUUCCUGGAAACAUGAGCCCACAACAGAAAUAUGCUAGAGUAGAGAUCAUUAUAAAGGAGCUAGGCCUUGAAAGAUGUCGACAGACGAGAGUUGGAGGAGGAUUCAUUAAGGGAAUAUCAGGAGGAGAAAGGAAAAGAACUAGCAUUGGCUAUGAAAUUCUCGUUGAUCCUUCAUUAUUAUUGCUUGAUGAACCAACUUCAGGUUUAGAUUCAACUUCAGCAAAUAGACUCCUUGAGGUUCUUCAAGGACUAGCUAAGGGAGGAAGGACAAUAAUUACGACAAUCCAUCAGCCUUCGAGUAGAAUGUUCCACAUGUUUGACAAGCUUCUGCUAAUAUCAGAAGGCUAUCCUGUUUAUUAUGGGAAAGCAAGAGAUUGUAUGGAUUAUUUUUCUUCUUUAAGAUUUAUCCCAGAAAUUGCCAUGAACCCUGCAGAAUUCUUGCUCGAUUUAGCAACCGGACAAGUAAAUGAUGUAAGUGUGCCUCAUGAUUUAUCAGCAUCUCCUGGAGCUCCUGAUUCUGAUAAAGCAGUAAUCAAAUACCUUCAACUCAAAUACAAAACUCAGCUGGAGCCAAGAGAGAAAGAAGAGAAUCAUCGGUGCUCAAAGGCGCCUGAACAUCUGCAAUCUGCAAUCCAAGUCAAGAAAGAUUGGACAUUAAGUUGGCAAGCACAGUUUAUGAUAUUACUAAAAAGAACAUAUAAAGAGAGGUGUAGAGAUUAUUUUGAUAAGCUAAGAUUAGCUCAAGCUCUUGGUGUUGCAGUCUUGCUAGGCCUUAUUUGGUGGAAAUCCCAAACACGAACUGAGGCUCAACUUAGAGACCAAGUUGGUUUAAUAUUCUACAUUUGCAUUUUCUGGACAUCAUCAUCGAUCUUCGGAGCAGUAUAUGUUUUUCCAUUUGAGAAGAUUUAUUUGGUGAAGGAAAGAAAAGCAGACAUGUAUAGAUUAAGUGUGUACUAUGUUUGUAGCACUAUCUGUGACAUGAUGGCUCAUGUACUCUAUCCUGCAAUUUUCAUGGUCAUACUGUAUUUCAUGGCUGGGUUUAAGAGGACAGUUCCUUGCUUCUUCUUCACAUUGUUUACUAUUCAAUUGAUAGCAAUUACAAGCCAGGGCGCAGGAGAGCUAUUUGGAGCUGCAAGUUUGAGCAUAAAAAGAGCUGGGAUGUGUGCUUCUUUGUUUUUAAUGUUGUUUCUUCUCACUGGAGGUUACUAUGUUCAGCACAUACCAAAAUUUAUGCAAUGGUUGAAGUACAUUUCUUUCAUAUACUAUGGGUUUAGGCUUCUAUUGAAAGUGCAAUAUGAUGGUGAUGAAUUAUUUGAGUGUGGAAGCAAAGAAGGAUGUAGACCUCUACAGAGUUCACCUUCUUUUGAUACAGUGAACUUGAAAGGUGGACUCCAAGAAGUUUGGGUGCUAUUAGCCAUGGCUCUAGGAUUCAGAAUCAUUGCAUAUUUUUGCCUUGGCAGGAGGAUUAAAAUAUGCCAUCUUUGAGUAUAUAUGGUCCUUGCAGUGUUUAAGCCCAACGUAGUCGGAGUGAAUUUUCGGAUAUCAGUGGUUAUAAACCAAAAAAAGUAUACCAUCUUUGAGUGUAUAUAUACUUAUUAAAUAAAGGGAGGGAUCCUAGAUCCAUUAAUUUAUUAAAGAA